AUGGACCAACAACAAAACCCACCAGUGAAGAUUGAGAAGAGAUGGGAUGAGGUAAAAGACAUAGGUGAUUACGCUCUGUUCUUCGAUUCGCACAAGGCUGUUUACGUGUCUGUCAAAGAUCACCCCGAGUGCCAAAGGAAUUGUGUUUACCAGGAGAUGAAGAUAUACCGUCUUGGUUUUUGCCUACUUCUUUGUGAUUCACAAAUUAAAAUCUAUGGCGAUGAUUGGAUUUUACCAUCUAAUUAUUAG